AUGUCGGCCGCUUUUAUGAGUAUUCCACCAUCUAUUGUAGUCAUCGAGAAUCAAGCAACGGAACAAGCACUGACCAGAUCUAGCCCACUAGAGGAUCUCAUCAGCUCUAAUGACCAACUCACUGGCAUGGACGCUCUCGAAUUACGAGGCUGGGCCUCGCAAAAUCCUCUAGUACCCGCUCGUGACCUGAACGAUACCCUUGGCAAAGUCUUACUCUCCACUUUCAACGGCGAUUGGGAUGCGCUCCAAAGCUACGUCAACUCUCGAGUCUCAGAGCUAGGCGACGAUGAAGCGGCCACAGAAAUGAUCCGAGAUGAGCUAUACGCCGCCCGCUGGGGAGCUACUCGUCUGCCAAUCUACAACGUAGUCCUACAAUUCUUUUUCUUCAAUCCCGAAAACGAGGCAAAAUUGCUGGACUUGACACGGUAUCUCACGGCGAACAUUCAAGUUCCUGUAACGGGGACCGACGCGACCGGCGCAACAGCUCUUUACUGGUCCAUUUCCACUAAACCUUUUGCUGUCCCUUCAUUCGCCCAGCUUCUGUUUGACGCUGGCGGCAGUGUGAAUACACGCAACCGCUUCGGCGGCAACACUGGCUCCGAGAUUGCACAAGCAGAUAUCCACGGUGACACCACGAAGAACGUAGAGAUGAUGAAAUGGUUUGUGCAGCAUGGAGGUGAUGUGCAUGCUAAAGACAACGAUGGCAUGAAUGUGAGGAUUUUGGUCGACAUGAUGAAGAAGAAAGUGCCAGGUAUGGAUGUGGUGUUGGUGAAGGGAAGGGGCAAGCGAGAAGAGGGUGAAUGUGAGAACUGUGGUAGGAUUGAGGCUCUUCGCAUACCCCAGAAUACAUUCGCUGGAGCACAGCAUUCCCCGAAAAUGCGUCUUAAUCCAAAUAAUGACGCCACCUCUUUUCCGAAACGCAGUCAACUUCCACAUGUCUCCGGGACACCAGAGGGUGCAGCAUGGUUUUGGGGUGGCAGUGAUGAACUUGGCCGACUGAACCUCCUUACAACAGAACGUAUCGCAAAGGCGACACAGGACAAUGUCAAGACUGGCGAAGUGGUACCCCUGGAUCUCCCACUCAAUAUUCCAGGCCCAACGUUCUUCGGCCGUAUGCCCAUGAAACAUCGGAUCAAGAGCAUAGGCAAAGGUGCCUUCGAUGAUGAAAUCGAGUUAAACACACAAUCUAGCAGUCAAUGGGAUGGUUUUCGACACUUCGCCGACCCAAAGACAGGAUGCCACUACAACGGCGUAGCAAGUGAUGAGAUACUCGCCGAAAUAGAAGGAGAUGACAAAGACCAGGAGCAAUGCCACGGAAACACGACAGCACGAAAAGAAAUUAAACCGCGUCGCCUAGGCAUAGACGCCUGGGCCAAACGAGGCAUCGUCGGUCGUGGCGUCCUCCUCGACGUCUAUACUUGGUCCCAAUCGAACGGGAAAUCCUACAACCCCUUCAAUACCCACCACAUCACAGCCGCCGACCUCAUCGCCUGCGCAAAAUCCCAAAACACAACACUCCAGACUGGCGACAUCCUACUCAUACGCACAGGCUGGCUAGCCCACUACUUCUCCCUCACUUCUUCCCAAAAGACCGCACAGUCCCAAUUCGAUCUCAAUGCUCACACCUACGCUGGCCUCGAGGCCAGUGACUCCAUGAAAGAUUUCCUAUACGAUAACUACUUUGCAGCGGCUGCAUGCGAUAAUGCCAAUUUUGAAGCGUGGCCACCGCCAAGCUUUCAGGAGAGUUUGCAUGCCUCUUUAUUACCGCUAUGGGGUAUGCCGAUUGGAGAGCUGUGGGAUUUGGAGCGAUUGGCAAGAGUUUGCAAGGAGAAGGAGAGGUGGACGUUUUUAUUGACGAGUGCGCCGGGCAAUGUGCCGGGGGGUGUGGGCAGCUCGCCGAAUGCACUUGCGCUAUUUUGA